ACGAAGAACUAACAAAGGUCAUGUCUCCGGCUUCGCUCCUUCUUCUUCUUCUCCUCUGCUUCGGCUUCACCAAUGGCGGCUUCGCGGCGAGGUUAGCAUCACCGGAUCUAUCAAAGCCCACGGCUUACGAGAUCCUUCAAUCCCAUGGCUUCCCCAUUGGCCUCCUUCCCCUGGGCGUCAGCAGCUACGACCUCGAUGCCGCUUCUGGCGAGUUCUCCGCGUACCUUAAUGGGUCCUGCUUGUUAUCGGUCAGAGAUUCGUACGAGCUCCGGUACGAGCCCACCAUCUCCGGCACUGUCUCUCAGAACCACCUUUCCAAUCUCAGAGGAAUCAGCGUCAAAGUCCUGUUUUUGUGGCUCAAUAUCGUUGAUAUCCGGCGAUCCGGUGAUGAUCUGGAGUUCUCGGUUGGGAUUUCUUCUGCGAACUUCCCCAUUGAUAACUUCUCUGAGUGUCCGCAGUGCGGCGGGCAAGUUGUGGCGGAAGCGUGGUUGUGAGGUUUGAUCUAAAGUUGUGAUUUUUUUUUUUAGGGGGGCAUGAUUGUUAUGCAUAUAAGGUGUUUGAUUUUAUGUUUCUUUGGUUUUUUUUUGUUUUUUAGUUUUUUUUAAUGAUGAAUUUAUAGAUGUUUGAUUAUGUGUCUUAUCUGGGAUUAUUUACUGAAUGAUUACCAAGUAUGAUAAAGAAUUAUUAUGAUGUUUUUUAUCUA